UCGUUUCCAUUCAUGUUAGAUUGUUUCUGUCUUCACGAAUGUAUUCAUCAAAGUGUAACUGUUAACUCCAUGUUUUUAAUUUUAGUGACAGCAUGAAAAAAGACCAAGAACGACCGGAGCUAUUGCUAAUGCUAGCUCUCGCGUACUGUUGAAAGGCGGAGUCUCUCUGUCGUCACACGCGUUUGUGGCUAAUCUCGUUGUGCAUCCUGCAGACUGAAUAUGUUCUUAUAAAAAAUUUGACUGAAGAUGACCCAGCAGAAAUAUGGAUUAUUGAUGAAUCAGCUAAGAAGGACAGGUUGGUUUUUGAGAACUGGAAACCAAGAACUCUGGACCAGAUCCAGUUCCAUCUUCCUGGAGUCCUCCUGUAGCAGCAGUGCCGGACUGGUCCUUCAGUCUCAGUCCACUGAUGUGCACCAGAACUUGGCCUUGGAGGACUGGAUUGAUGCCCACGUGGAUCUGCAGCAGCGCAGCAUCCUUCUGCUUUGGAGGAACAGACCAGCUGUUGUUAUCGGACGGCACCAGAACCCCUGGAGCGAGUGCAACCUGCCAGCCAUGAGGAGGGCUGGGAUCCCUUUGGCUCGGAGGCGGAGCGGGGGCGGGACGGUGUACCACGACCUUGGGAAUCUCAACUUGACAUUCUUUGCCUCCACAAAAGCAUAUGAUCGACAGAGGAAUCUAAAGGUGGUUACCGAGGCCCUGAGAGGACUCCGACCAGAUCUUGACAUCCGGGCCACAGAGAGAUUUGACAUUUUAAUGAAUGGAUGCUUCAAAAUCUCAGGUACGGCGUCCAGACUCAGCAGGAAGUCCUCCUACCACCACUGUACCCUGCUUCACUCUGCUGAUCCAGUCGCCCUGUCCACUUUGCUUCGCCCCUCAUCUCCUGGUAUCCAUAGCAACGCUACACCCAGCAUCUCCUCACCUGUCGCCAAUCUGACCGACCACGCCCCCUCAUUGCAGUGGGAGGAGCUACUUGAGGCUCUUGUACAACAAUACAACAAAGAGUUUGGACUCUGCGCUACGUCCAUCCUCAUCGACCCAUCCGAUGAGUCGCUGUUUCCUGGUGUAGGAAGGAUGGCAGCAGAGCUGUGCAGCUGGGAGUGGACAUUUGGAAAGACGCCUAAAUUCAGCAUUGAGACACAGCUGGAGCUUACAGACAAACAUCUGGACUUGUGCUGCUCUGCUCAUUUACUCAUGGAGGUAAAGAACGGGCUUGUGGACCGCUGCCAGUUAGACGUCCCGACUGAUUGGCUGCCCCCAAAUCUGAGCGUCCAGAUAAGUGAGGUUCUGGUGGGAGAACGGUUCUGCCCUCACAGAGCAGCUGCAGCUGUCACUGUGUUGCUACGAUCACAGAGCGGCCAGCUGCACAGACGAAUGCACCUUCUGUGUGACGCUGUGCUGUCUGUGAUUGGCUGAAUGAAGUCACCAGUCAAAAGACGACUGCCCCCUUCGGGCUGCUGAGGGAUUUACAGCAAUCUGUAUGGAGAAACAACAGAAACAUAAAGACAGGGUUAAUGGACCCCUUCUGGAUUGGUUGUUUUAUGUAGACACAAUUUUAUUACGUACAAAAAUACUUGAUAAUAAAAUUAUUUUUCAACA